AUGGAAUCACUUCAAGCCCUUCUUGCGGCCGCGGUGCAAGGCGGGUCGCCGAGUGAAAGAAGAGAGCAAGAGGGGUUGCCACCUACGAGAAGACGCUUGAGGUACACGGAUAGGACAGAAGAGGAGCCUCCUAUGGAGCGAGAGUUGCUGAAUCCGACCCCCGUUGCGAUGGAGCAAAGAGAGCAGGGCCAAACCAAGAGGAGUCCGUUCACAGCACAAAUACGAAAUGACGAACUCCCGGGAUCGUUUCGACCAGUCACGUAUGAAUAUCUGGGGACCUCGGACCCAAAUGAACACCUAUGUAGGUUUAACAACACUUCAGACCUACAUCGUUUUUCGGAGGGGGUAAAGUGCAGAGUGUUCACUACCACUCUGGCGGGACCGGCUCAAGCGUGGUUUAGCCAGCUGCGGCCCUCUUCAAUAGGCAGUUUUGAUCAACUCGCCUCUGUUUUCCUCGAUCAUUUUGCGAGCUCCAAAAAGCAGAAAAUGAGUACUUUGACCCUCUUCGCGGUCAAACAACGGGAGGGAGAACAUCUACGAAGCUUCAUCAAGCGUUUCAUAACAGCGACGUUGGAAGUACCAAUAACUUCGGAGGAGGUCCUGAUCAACGCCCUAGCCCAGGGAUUGCGACUUGGAGAUUUCUUUACCUCCAUAUCCAAAAAGCCCCCUCUGUCGUUUAACGAUUUGCUAAGAAAGACGGAGCGGUAUAUGAACGCGGAGGAGGCCGAGCAGGGCAAGGCUGUUGAUAAAGGGAUGGAUAAAAGGAAAGAAAGGAGGGAGGAGAAGAUGCAAAGACCUGUGCCAGCCAAAAAUGAGGGAUUAGUGGAGAGAAGAGUGGGCCCUCGGUUCGAAAAUUACGUCUCGUUGGUCGCGUCUCCUGCCGAAAUACUGAUGGCCAUCGAGAACCACCCCAAAUUGAAGUGGCCUCGUACUUACUCCGAUGUUCCCAAGAAAAAUCCCGUCGCGGGAAGUUUUUGUCGAUUUCAUAAUGAUUACGGGCACACCACGAACGAGUGCCAGCAUCUUAGGGACGAGAUAGAAAGGUUGAUUCGAGCAAAGAACUUUCCUGAGUUUGUCAAACCUGGACAGCCCUCGGCGAGCACGUUGGCCCCGCACGUUAGACCCGGUGUUAACCGAUCUGAAAAUACGCGAGAGAAGGCCGGUGAGAGAAAGGAGCAGCUCUCGACAGGAGGAUUCAUCCACGUGAUACACGGAGGACCUUCGGGAGGUGAUUCAAAUAGGGCCCGGAGGGCCCAUCUAAGGCAAUUAGGGAAACGGAAGAGCUGUUUGGGGAAGUGGAAGCGGCCGAUCGGGCAAGCCGAGCGAACUUGCAAGUACUUUACGAGAUGGAAUCACAGCUCGCCGAGGUGCAGAGGGUGUCGCAAGUUCCUCCCAUCAUGUUUGGACGGGUGGAUGAGGAGGGGAUACAACAACCUCAUACAGAUGCCCUGGUAA